GAUACCACAUAUCACUAGGUUGCCUUAUAUGCACAAAUGUAUAAGUAUACCUUAAGUUUGAUAUAUAUAUAUAUUUUUUUUUCACUUUCUUUGUAUCACCCAGAUAAGAUUUUCUUUGCUUACUCAUCUUCAACUCUCUGUCAAUCAUUCGUAAUAGUACUGCUUGUCCAAAAAAAGAAAGAAAGAAAGAAAGAAUACUCCUCUUUAGAAAAGAUGUAAUUCCUUUACUUGGUAAUCUUGAUCUGCGUCUUUUCA